GACUGGAAAGGAAGGCCAACCCAGAGAAUACUACACAUUGGAUUCUAUUUUAUUUCUACUUAAUAAUGUGCAUCUUUCUCAUCCUGUUUAUGUCCGACGUGCGGCUACAGAAAAUAUUCCUGUGGUUAGAAGACCUGACCGAAAAGAUCUACUUGGAUAUCUCAAUGGGGAAGCAUCAACAUCAGCGAGCAUAGAUAGGAGCGCCCCCCUGGAAAUAGGUCUUCAGCGGUCCACUCAAGUCAAAAGAGCUGCAGAUGAAGUUUUAGCAGAAGCAAAGAAACCACGAAUUGAGGAUGAAGAGUGUGUGCGUCUUGAUAAGGAGAGAUUGGCAGCUCGAUUGGAAGGCCAUAAAGAAGGGAUUGUACAGACUGAGCAGAUUAGGUCUUUGUCUGAAGCCAUGUCAGUGGAAAAAAUUGCUGCAAUCAAAGCCAAAAUUAUGGCUAAGAAAAGAUCUACUAUCAAGACUGAUUUAGAUGAUGACAUAACUGCCCUUAAACAAAGGAGUUUUGUGGAUGCUGAAGUUGAUGUGACCAGAGAUAUUGUCAGCAGGGAGAGAGUGUGGAGAACAAGAACAACUAUCUUACAGAGCACGGGAAAGAAUUUUUCCAAGAAUAUUUUUGCAAUUCUUCAAUCUGUAAAAGCCAGAGAAGAAGGGCGUGCCCCGGAACAGCGGCCUGCUCCAAAUACAGCCCCUGUGGAUCCCACAUUGCGUACGAAGCAGCCUAUUCCAGCUGCCUACAACAGAUAUGACCAGGAAAGAUUCAAAGGCAAAGAAGAAACGGAAGGCUUUAAGAUCGAUACUAUGGGCACGUACCAUGGCAUGACGCUGAAAUCUGUAACGGAAGGUGCAUCUGCCCGUAAGACUCAAACUCCUGCAGCCCAACCUGUACCUAGACCAGUUUCUCAAGCAAGACCACCUCCAAAUCAGAAGAAAGGAUCACGAACACCCAUUAUUAUUAUCCCUGCAGCUACCGUUUGUGCCAUCAGAUGAAAAGAAGAAACAAGGUUGUCAACGAGAAAAUGAAACACUAAUACAGAGAAGAAAAGAUCAAAUGCAACCAGGGGGCACAGCAAUUAGUGUCACAGUACCUUAUAGAGUAGUAGACCAGCCCCUGAAACUUAUGCCUCAGGACUGGGAUCGGGUUGUAGCUGUUUUUGUUCAAGGUCCUGCUUGGCAGUUCAAAGGAUGGCCAUGGCUUCUACCUGAUGGAUCACCAGUUGACAUAUUUGCUAAAAUUAAAGCCUUCCAUCUCAAGUAUGAUGAAGUUCGUCUAGAUCCAAAUGUUCAAAAAUGGGAUGUAACGGUAUUAGAACUCAGCUAUCAUAAGCGCCAUUUGGAUAGACCAGUUUUCUUACGUUUUUGGGAAACAUUGGAUAGGUACAUGGUAAAGCAUAAAUCCCAUUUGAGAUUCUGAAUCUUUUGAUUCCUCCUUUUCUGAAAACUUGGUGUAAGAAGCAUGGAUAUAGCUUGAUCUACAGACUGAGACCCAAGCUUUAUGAAUUCAUCAAGAACUUGCAAAUGAAGAAGGCCACAGAGCAGUCUUUUUUAAGACCUUGUUUGAUGCUGUGUGCUUCAAAGGGGCAUUGCCUCCCAUCCAUACAAGCAAACUUUUUUGGCUUACAACUAUUUUUUUAAUAUUAGCCUUCUAGUCUGUAACGGAAAUUGUAUAUUUUGAUAGACGCUUUUUCUCUAUUGGUUAAAUUAGCAUUACUUAAAAUUUGUUUCUCUAGAAAUAAAUACAGGUUAUAAAUGUGUGUAUAUUUAGAAGUUAUUAGGCUCUCUAAGCCAUCUUGCUUCUGAUUUUUCAUUGCUCUAUGAUUCCUUUUACUGGAAAAGACUGUCAUGAAUGGUUUUAAAUUUUAAGACUCUAGAACUUCAAAACCCCAUCAAAGGGAAGUAACUAUUAAAUCAGCUGAAAGUCAGCCUGUGUGUAUACUAUGUCUAUACUAACUCAUGUUUAAAAAGGAAUAAUGAAAAAUCAAGAAGUCUUUAGUUUCAGUUAAAUUCAGCCUUUUCAAGAUUUCUUUUGUAAAUGAAUACAUUUAAUGAAUGUAUAUUCUCUUUGUUGACUUUGAUGAUUUUAAACUUAAAGUGAUAUAUUUCUAACUGGGAUGUGUUUCCACUUGAAAAGAAAUCUCAAAAAACAAAGAUUAAAGUGUAAUAGGCUGUGGUGAUUUUUACUUGGGGAGCUAAAGUAUGAUUUUGGGAACUGAGAUGUAUUAGCCUAAUUACAGCAUAACUUGAACUACUUCUAAGUUUGCUUUUGAUUCUUAUAAGCUAUAGGAUUUUGAGUCUUCUAUUUGUACACAUGUCACCUUGGGACUUCUUAUCUUCAAUUAUCCCUAAAGAUUGAUAAAUUCCCAGGCACCAAAGAACACAUUUGCUUACGUGUCUGAACAGAAACAAGACAAAAACACUGGUAUUUUUAUGUGUGUGUUCAAUGUGGUAUAAAAUAUAAAACCUAUAUUUUAACUUAGUAAAAUAUUUUACUAUUUCUCUACUAUAGACAGAGUGUUGCAUCCAAGCUGCAAUGAAUGACCAUGCUCCUUGAGUCCUGGUUUUAUCUUUUACUACUUAAAAGGAAUGUGCAUUCCUUGAAACCGUGUUUUUUUUUAUGUUUUUUUUUUUUUUUUUUUUUUUUUUUUUUUUAUUUUUCCCCCAGUAGAGCUGUGGUUGACCAUCCCACCUUGUAUCUUGAUUUCCCCAGUGGCUAUCUCUUAGGUUAUCAAAUUGGGGAAGGGGGGGUGAUAAAACAUUUAGCUCUUUCUUUUAUUCUGGUGAGGAUUCUUAGCCUCUUUAGAAUUUAAUGCUAUCAUAAAAAUGGGAAACAAGUAUUAUUUAUUUUACUAACUUACUACAAAAGUCCGUUAUCAGUAAAAAUGGAAAAGAUAUUUAUUCAGAUGAAAUUCAGUGGGCUCUACAGAAGAGAAGCAGCUAAUGUUUUAAAUGACUGUAGUACACUUUUAGUAGGUUCUGCCCACAAUUUCCCGUUCUCCCUGCAUCCUCUUUAUGGUAAAAGAAAACUCACUUUGUUCACAGAAUUUCUCAGCAUACAAAUCUCUUCUUAAAUUAUGUACUGAAUAAACUUUCUCCACGAUGAAAUAGUGAGUCAAACUUGUAAUACUUUAAUGUAAAACUUUAAAAUUACUUGUUAGGACUACUAUAAAGUGGACAUGAACUACUACUACCUUUCCAUAAAGAUGUUUGGUAUUUAUUCUUACUAUCUGAAAUUUACUUGAUAACAGAGUAUGGUUAAAAUAUCUACUUUGAACAUGGUUUAUUUUUCUAUUUUAAAUUUUCUUGUGUGUAGUCAAAAGUUUCUGGGUGUACUCUGUACUCUGUUACUUAGUAAACCUAGAACUAUGUAUCUUGAAAUCAGAUCCUUUGUGUACACUGGGAUUUCUUGUUUUAUUUUUAAGAUUUAAAAAAAAAAAUUCAAGGUGGAAACGUAAUUCAUGACAGCAUUUUGGUAUAUACAUGUCAUUUUCCUUGUUCUUUUCCCAUUUCCCACUGUCCUCCUCAGCCCUCUGGCCUCCAUUUCCCCUUUUGCUUUCCUAUCACAUCUAUUUCUUUUUUUUCUUACCUCACCCUUCCCUAAGAACUCAUCUUUCUUCUGUAUAAUAGUCUCCUUUCUUUCAUUACCUACACAUAAACAUGCACAUGCAUUUUAGAUUUUUUUUUUAAUCUCAAAAUUUUGGUCUCCUGAGUAAGUUUAUGAAAUUUUUUAGUGACUAAUUAUAAAAAUAAAGGAAAAAAACAAAUUAUUAAAAUUCACUAUGCUCAGCCAAUCAUUCAUUAUUCUCUUGUGACUCAGUUCUACAGCAGCACCUAAUACAGUGCCUUGCACAUGUAGGCAUUCAGUAGAUAUUUAUAUGUGUAAAUGGAUGAUGUAUUUUCAGCAUAAGUGAUUCAGUCCAUAAAAAUAGUUUUGACCUUAUUUGACCUUAGAAUUAAAAAUAAAGAAUUAUAAGCAAUGAGAAGAAAUGAGUAGAUAGUUUAAUGAAAAUGAAUACACAUUAAUAUGUUCAGUUUACCUAUAAGUUGCUAACUGGAGGUACUCUUGCCAGCUUUACUUGUAAAGCUCUCUGAUAUUUGGAGUCUUCUAAGUAACAGUAAGAAGUAUGUAGUUUUAAUCAGAAGCUCACCAUUUGAAGAGAUUUGAAAAAUAUAUAAAUCCUUACUUUCAUUUUCUGGAAUAAUCCCACUUGUCACUAGGUUUCAAAAGUUUUCCUGGUGUGUGUGUGUGUGUGUGUGUGUGUGUGUGUGUGUGUGUAAGGAGUGAGAUUCACCCUUUUUAAAGUGUUAUUGAAAGUAAUACCAGUAUUACAUGUUGUGUUUCCUCCCUCUUUUUUUUUCUUCAUCUGUGUAUGUCGUGUGUGUGUGUGUGUGUGUGUGUGUGUGUGUGUGUGUGUAUGUAUGUAUGUAUGUAUGUAUGUAUGUAUGUAGAAGUUUUGAGGCCACUCUUUGCACUAGAACAUCUCUCAUUGGUGAUAUUAUUGACCUAUAUCCCCAAAUGACAAAUUCAAAUCUUAUUUAUUUAAUAUCCAAGGAGUAUUUUGCUGUUUAAUAUUUAAACAUCAUUUAAUAUAUUUCAUUAUUAAUUAGUAUUAUAGCUUAUGGUUUGUUUCCUGUUUGCUUAUUACUUUCUAAGUGUUCCUUAGCAGCAGCAGGACAGCAGUUUAUACAGGAAGAACUAUUUCAUGAUAACUAAACUCUCGUCUUUAAUUUCAAAGAACUAUUAAUUUUUCUUUGCUAUGCAGAGUAAGAUAAAAUUUAAUUAUGAAAAGAAAGACAUAGUUUGAGUUAGUUUAUACACAAAAAGUAAAAGUUCUCACCUAAAUGAAAAUUCUUCACCCUCUAAUAAAUACUUAAACAUUUUUUAAAUAAAAUUUUUUGUGACUUCUUAA